AAGGCUGUGGAUUGAAGUCAGGAUCGUGACGGAAAAGACAAGAGAAGACGGAGAAGACGGAGCUGCCCAGAAAGCUUUCACAGUCAAGCUCCGCUUAGCUACGGUCUCUUGGCCGUUGGCAUGUGGCAUUGGCAUUCAGGACGCCAGACGCCCACACGACAAGAUAUCUGAAAUUGCUGACUUGAAGUGAGAAAAGUCAAGCGAUGGCAUGACUACGCUGAAGCCUCCAGCUGUCGAAUCUCCCUGAUGGUUCACUUAUUGUACAGGCAAAAUCCAUAGGACCCGGAAAGGGUAGUGUCUUCAUCCGUGGGCUGGCCAAAGAGUCCAUCUUCCGCUGCAGACCGGGGUUUGUUCUAGUUACGAAGCAAACCUCGCUCCGGAUUUGCAAAGGUGUCUUGUCUGCUACUAUGGUACGAGAAGAGCAGUGAUAUGCUGCUGCUCUGAUAUGAACGCGGCCUAGCCGUCUUCGAGCAUGGCCCUUUGGGUGAAUGUGAAUAUAACUUAUCCGACAGCGGCUGAUUACGACACCUGCCUUCUGCAGACUGGCGGUGAUGUAGGUCGGAUUAGUGCUCACGGAUAAGUUGCUUUGCAUCAAUGCUAGUUCCGGAGCGCUACUAUUGGAGUACGCACAGUGAUGUGCAAGAAAUCCUGGAGAGGAUGCGGGGUACCAGUGGUGCAACCGAAGUAACAUACUCCAAGGAGGUUCUGAUAUGGAGGUCAUGUUUAUGGGUCUCAACAUAAAUACCACAACACGCACAGCCUGGCCUAAACAUCUCCCCAUCAACCCACUGCAUCACCAUCAUGUCGACAACGCAAGCUCAUCAUCACGACGCAAAGGAGGACGUCAUAGAAUCCUUCAAUAUCGAACGUGUUCCCAUCACCGAGGAAGAGAGCAAGCGAAUCCGCCGGAAAAUCGACCGAAACAUCCUCGUCGUCCUCAUAUGGCUUUAUUUUCUACAGAAAUUCGACAAGACCGUGCUCGGAUAUGCUGCAACCUUUGGUCUACGUGAGGAUACUGGAUUGACCGGGUACCAGUACUCGCUCGUCUCAUCCAUCGAGCCUAUUGCCCAGCUGGUCUGGCAACCGUUCUCUUCCUUUCUUAUUGUCAAGGUCCCGCACAGAACUCUCAUGCCUCUGCUCUGUCUCGGAUGGGGCAUCUCCCAGGCAUGCAUGGCAGCGUGCCAUACCUUUGGUGGCCUAAUGGCUACGCGUUUCUUCCUUGGUCUCUUUGAGGCUGGAUGUCUUCCCCUUUUUAGUGUCAUGACCAGCCACUGGUAUCGUCGUGGGGAACAGCCCUUGAGGGUUGCUGCGUGGUACUCAAUGAAUGGAGUGGCAACAAUGGCAGCGGCUGCUAUAUCCUAUGGUCUUGGGCACAUAGAGUCAGAUAUCAUGAAGCCGUGGCAGAUUAUAUUCCUCUUCGCAGGCCUCUUAACAAUAGUAUCCGCCCCGCUCGCAUACUGGCGCGUAUCUGACGAUAUCAUGUCCGCCCGUUUCCUCACCGAGACUGAAAAAGCCCAAGCCCUAGAACGGGUCUACGCCAACCAAACGGGAACCGGUAACCGCGAGUUCAAAAUGUCUCACGUCUGGGAAGCACUCUUAGAGCCCAAGACCUGGGGCUGGGUUGCCAUUGCAAUGCUCAUAAACGUUGGUGCGAUUGUCACCACCACCUUCGGGCCCCUCCUAAUAAACGGCCUCGGCUUCGACAAAUACACAUCAUCCCUGCUCAACAUGCCAUUCGGCGCCUUGCAGGUCAUAGUCAUCCUGGUUGCCAGCUACCUCGCGCAAGUCGCUCGAUUGAAGGGUGCCAUGAUUGACUGUUUUGUGCUCCCAGUGAUUGCCGGAUUGGUUCUUCUCUUCGUGUUGCCCCGCGACGGCUCCUCCCAAGCUGCACUGCUGGCCGGCUAUUAUCUCCUCGCAUUUCUCUACGGCGGUAACCCCCUAACCGUUGUCUGGAUUGUGGGUAACACCGCAGGCAGCACGAAGCAGUCCGUCGUGAUGAGCUUGUACAAUGGCGCGACAUCAGCUGGAAACGUCAUCGGGCCCCUGCUUAUGAACAAGAAAGACGCGCCCGGGUAUCACCCAGGAUUGCGCGCGUGUCUGGGGCUCUUCUGUGCGCUGUUCUUCAUCGUCCUCCUGCAGUGGGCCAACCUGGUCUGGCUCAACCACCUGCAGGCUCGUCGUCGUGUGCAAAAUGGCAAAGAGGCGAGGAUUGUCGAUAAGUCGAUGAAGAAUCACAUUGAGCCGCAGGAGAAGAACGGGAAGAUUGUCGGGAAUGAUGGCAAGGUUGAUGGACAGGCUGGGCAGGUCGAUGCCGCGUUGCUGGAUCUGACUGACAGGCAGAAUGAUGAGUUUGUGUAUAUUUACUGAACUCAGGACCUCUGCUUAUCCAGCCAGUCUAUGAGCCAUGCGUUGUGCUUCAGAGGCAAGCCAGAUGUUUUCUUCAGGAGGUCCACAGACUCGGACUCAUCCAUUUCCAGCACUUCAAAUGAUUUCCAGGUGACAGUUAAAUCCGUUCUUCUGCUCGUGAUCAGCACCGCACCCCAGGGUUUCACUGGUAAUAAGUCGGGGAAAUUGUAUGAUUCAAGGUUAUCAAGGUUAUCAAGUAUCACCAGCCCAUUCCGGUUAGCCUUAUAGGAUAGCAACUGGUGAAAGGCAUCUGUAAACUGUUUAAACUUCCUAUGGUCAUAUCACCAGUCACUGGUUUAUAGUUUAUUUAGUACCUCUGUUAAUGCUUUGAAUCAUGGGUUAUUCACGUCAAGACUGUUUAUUUCAUAAUGGC